UCUCGCAAAGCUGCGCUGGCCGCCCGCGGAGGGGAGGCUGCAGAACGAGGGCUGGAGGACUCCUUGCCAGCACCACAGUCUCCUGCCAUGUCUGACCCCAUCACACUAAACGUUGGAGGGAAGCUCUACACAACCUCACUGGCAACCUUGACCACCUUCCCUGACUCCAUGCUGGGUGCCAUGUUCAGCGGGAAGAUGCCCACCAAGAGGGACAGCCAGGGCCACUGUUUCAUUGAUCGUGAUGGCAAAGUGUUCCGCUACAUCCUCAACUUCCUGCGGACCUCCCACCUGGACUUGCCUGAGGACUUCCAGGAGAUGGGCCUGCUCCGCAGGGAAGCCGACUUCUACCAGGUGCAGCCUCUCAUUGAGGCACUGCAGGAGAAGGAGGUGGAGCUCUCCAAGGCCGAGAAGAAUGCCAUGCUCAACAUCACACUGAACCAGCGUGUGCAGACGGUCCACUUCACUGUGCGUGAGGCACCCCAAAUCUACAGCCUUUCCUCCUCCAGCAUGGAGGUCUUCAACGCCAACAUCUUCAGCACCUCUUGCCUCUUCCUCAAGCUCCUUGGCUCCAAGCUCUUCUACUGCUCCAAUGGCAAUCUCUCCUCCAUCACCAGCCACCUGCAGGACCCCAACCACCUGACUCUGGACUGGGUGGCCAAUGUGGAAGGCCUGCCAGAGGAGGAAUAUACUAAGCAGAACCUCAAGAGGCUCUGGGUGGUGCCAUCCAACAAGCAGAUCAACAGCUUUCAGGUCUUUGUGGAGGAGGUACUAAAAAUUGCUCUGAGUGAUGGCUUCUGCAUCGAUUCUUCUCACCCACAUGCUGUGGACUUCAUGAACAAUAAGAUUAUUCGGUUAAUACGGUACAGGUAAAAGGACCCCAGCAACAUUGGAAGGGGGACUCCCAAGGAGCCUCACAUGAGCCAGGGUCCUGGGGAGUGUCUCACUGGUGGUCUGAAGCCAGGCACACUACUAAUCUGUAUUAAUCACAAGCAGGACUUGAUUCCCUCCAUGAUGCAAUGCACCUGUAGGAAUCCACGUGUCCUCUCAACAGAGCUACCUUUUCCUGGCCAUUUGGAGCUGGAGAUGGGCAGUGUUUUACGGCAAGUGAAUAGUCUGCCAAUGUGUCCUAAAGAAGGCCGCAGGAGGGCUUUCUGAUUGGACAAAGGAACAGCAGUUUUUUCAUGUACCCCAGCUCUCUCUGUACCACUAGGCAGCAUCUCACUUAGCUAUCUUUAAAAAGAGCCGUUGGAGAGGAUAGGGUAAGAACAAAAGGCUCCCUUUGGUUUCCCAGGAUGUAAAAUAACCAGAUUCCCAUCCUGCCUGCUCCUCGUCCCUAGGAUACAGCCAGCCCCUUGGACCUGUUUGCCCAGAGGCAACCACGUCUGGCUGGCUUGGAAGCGCAAUGUGAUCUCAGAGCUGUGGCUUAGAACUGCAGGGGUAGAGCUGUGAGCUGUCUUGUGGCCUAGAGGAGUGAGCAUCAGACAGGGUUCAGAAGUUGGGGUAUCUUUCUUCACUGAGCCAAAUCUAGGCAUUUCGGGAUUUCUAGCUUCAUAUGAGCUGCUGUCCCUGCAAAGAUAUGAAAGUAUCUGGAGCUAGUGCAGUGAAAGGCACUUCAGAAUAUGACCUGUUACCUGACUUUUGUAAUCCUUUCCCCAAGAAUUUGAAGUGUCAUUGAAAGCAGGUCAUUUUGAACAAAUGUAUUAUGGACUCUCAGGGUUGGAAAAUGAGUCAAUGGUCACUUAGUCCUCUCCCACCCCAACACACCGCAGCACACUUGUGUGGAGCACCCCUCCCCAGUACCUUCACGUGAUGCGCUGUCCCUGUUCACAUAUUUCCAGCAGGGGAAGCCCGCGGUCCCCAAAGCAGCCCUGCAUGUUUGGCUGGGGUGCUGUUAGCAGGUCCUUCCUUAUAUUGAGCCAAACUUUGUCUUUCCACUCCCAUUUUCUUGUCUUGAUUUUCCUUUCUUCUCAUUCAAAUAUGUAUUUUCUCUUUCAAAAUAGUCACUUUGAGAGGCCAGAUACUUAUUCUGAAAAUAUUAUUAUUGAAGUCAGGAUUCCCCUUGGGACUUGUCUUCACAAUGCAGGUGAGCCCCUCCCAACCCCAGUUCGUGUGGCUAGCCUCCUUUGUAAACUCCAUGCCACCCACCUUCUCCACCAGCCACGGCUCCGCACAGCUUUUGACCACCUCUGGAGGGGGGUGAGAUUCGCUGCCCCCGAGGAAGGGCUCCUGGAGGAAAGAGAGCAGGGCCUUGGGAGGCACUGUACAGUGAGAAGCCCACAGUGGUCUGAACAUACCAUUGCCCAGGGAGUAAGCAUCCAGUCCCUACAACACUGCUCUGAAGGAGGUGGCCUUCCCCAGUCACAUUGCUUCUAGUCAUGAGCAUGCCGUGAGUGAGAGGGCAAGACACCCACGCCACCACUUCCCAGGGGGUGAUAAACAGUGCAGGCUUCGAAACUGCACAUUAUGAUUCAUCCCUGGAGUGAGUAUGGCCUUGGGAGUCCCAGAAUCCCCCCCCCCCACUGCGCAGGGGGCCCUUAGGCAAAGCCAGGGAAGCCUAGUGACACAGGCCCCCACAGGAGGUGGCCCGAGGAAGGGGCUUCCCAUAGUUACACAGUGUAUAUGCUGGGCUAUGGGCAGGGCUGCAUCCAUUAGGUAAUAAAGGCCUCUCCCACUAUAGUGGGACCCAGGAGUCUCUGACAGCUGCCCCAGGCCACCAGGCCAAUGGUACUCGGGAAAGCCACUCAGAAGAACCCCACUUAGAACAGACAGCAGAAGCUGUAACCACAACACAACAGUUUAAGGAAGAAACGUCUAAAUAUCACUGCCCCUUUUUCCUCUCCAUAAAAAUUCUCCUUCUCCAUCUUUUUGGUGCUUCUUAAUUCAAGCAGCUUGACUUUAGAGAAAGAACAUAACCUGUGAAGCCCCUAAUGUGCUGUGUAACUUUAUACAAGUAACUCACAUCACUGAGCCACCUCCAUCUCUUUAUCUGUGAAAUGGGCUUAAUAGUAAUACAUAACCCUACCUACCUCACAGGGCUGUUGUGAGGAUUAAAUGAAAUAAUGUAUGCAAGAAUGCAGUAUAACCGAUAAGUGGUUGUCACUAUUUUACAUAUGCUUAUAAGGAAAAAGCCUGUCUUGGAGUCAGGCUGACUUGGGUUUGAAUUCUGGUUCUAUCACUUGCUGUGUAAUCUUGGACAAGUCACUGAACCUCUCUGAUUUGUUUCCUCACCAGAUAACAACCCCCUCCCCCAGUGUUAUGUGACUUAAAAUGAGUUGGUAUAUAUGAAAAUUCCUAGCUAGGCCUGGCAGAUAGGAGCUCAGUAAAUGUUUUCUCUUUCAGGAGGUAAUAAUGGUGGAGCGUUGUGUGAGGGACACCAUGAGAGUCCAAUUUAACAAGCCCUUCUGGAGCAUGUGGUGUGUGGGCCUGAGGAUGGGAAGAGCCACCCAAAGG